AUGGCAAUAACAGAGAAAGGAAAAAAGAUCAAAGAGAUAAUCAAGAUAAGCAUUGGUGACAAAGCAGCUGAUAUCGAUGAUACUAUUGUCGACUAUAUAUGUGGAGUGUUUGAAGACGAGGCUGUCACCAAUGACCAUGAUGAGCUUAUUGAGAUAUUGACUCCAUUCCUGGAGGAUAUAGCACCAGAUGCCAAUGUUCUCUGCAAGACAUUGAUCCAUCAACUCACAUCGGCAGGUGUUGUCAAGGUUGGUGGCAAGACAUCGCUCACUCAGCUCACUCAGCCCGUAUCCUUGUCAAGAUUGGACGACCGUGUUGACGCCGCCGUCUCUUGGAUGAAGCCGGAGGAGAGCAUUUCGAUUGUAAACCGUGACCAGCUAGAGGCCAACGAGCGUCGUUACAACGCACGUAAAGAGGCGCGUCUGGCCCGUGAAGAGCGCAAGAAGAUGAGACAGAAUGCCGCUUUGGCCGCUCUCCAACAGCUCAAGGAUCAACAGACCCUUGUCAUGUCAACUCUGCGUGGAAACAAUCAGUCGCGCGAUAUUCACGUCGAGAACUUCUCCUUGAACUAUGGCAAGAUGGACUUGCUCAUCAACUCUGAUCUGCAUCUCAACUUUGGCAGGAAGUAUGGUCUGAUAGGAAGAAACGGAACAGGAAAGACUACACUGCUCAGACAUAUUGCCUCACGAGAGCUCGACAUCACCAACAACAUGUCCAUCUUGCACGUCGAGCAAGAGGUCAAUGGCACAGAUACCACCGUCCUCAACUGUGUGCUAGAGGCCGAUAUUGAGCGUGAACGUCUACUCAAGGAGGAGGCCCGUCUCAAUGCUCUACCAGAGAGCGAAAGAAAUACCCUCGCCACCAAGAUAGCCGACAUCUACGAGAAGUUGAACUUGAUCGAUGCCCAUACCGCCGAGUCACGUGCCGCUUCCAUUCUCGCUGGACUUGGAUUCACCGAUGAGAUGCAAUGCACGCCCACCAAGCAAUUCUCUGGAGGUUGGAGAAUGAGAAUCUCCUUGGCUCGUGCACUCUUUAUCCAACCGGAUGUGCUGAUGCUGGAUGAGCCCACCAACCAUUUGGAUCUCUUUGCCUGUCUCUGGCUCGAGUCCUACCUCAUCAGUUGGACCAGAACACUGGUGAUUGUAUCUCAUCACCGUGAGUUCCUCAAUUCUGUCUGCACGGACAUCAUCCAUCUCAACAACAAGAAGCUCGACUACUACAAGGGCAACUACUCAGUCUUUGAGGGUACCCGUCACGACCGUCUUAAAUCACAACAGCGCGCCUUUGAUGCCCAGCAACAACAGCRAAUCAAGCAAUUGGAGCGUAUGGACUUGAUAUCAGAGGUUCUCGAUGACCCAACAGUCUGUCUCCAGUUCCUAGAGGUCGACCCCAUCUCACCGCCAAUUCUUCAAUUCCAGGACGUCUCCUUUGGUUACGAACCCGAUAAGAUGCUCUUUAAGAACUUGAACCUUGGUAUCGAUAUGGACAGUCGUGUAGCUCUCGUCGGUGCCAAUGGUGUUGGAAAGACAACAUUGCUCAAAUUACUAUGUGGUGAACUCACAGAGUCCAGUGGACUUGUCGUCCGCAAUGGCAAGUUGAAGUUUGCACGAUUCUCUCAACACUUUGUCGACCAGUUGGACCUCUCCAAGUCUCCAUUGGACAACUUCCUCACGCUCUACCCAGGCACCAGUCCACAGACUGCACGAUCACAUAUUGGCAAGUUUGGUCUGAGCGGCGACUUGGCACUGCGAACUGUCAACACUUUGUCUGGAGGUCAAAAGUCCCGUGUCGUCCUUUCCCAAAUCGCCUACACCAAGCCUCACAUCCUGUUGCUCGAUGAGCCAAGCAAUCAUUUGGAUAUUGACACUGUCGAUGCCCUCUGUCAAGCAUUGAAUGAGUUCCAAGGUGGAAUACUCAUGGUGAGUCACGAUGAGCGUUUGAUUUCGCUGGUAUGUGAUGAGAUCUGGUACUUUGAUGGUGAGGACAACGAAGCCAAGGAGGUCAAGGUAUUCGAUGGAGAUUGGCAAGAUUAUAAGAAGCAAAUCUGGAACCUGUAG